AUGUCACCUUCGUUCGCCGUUGGACGUGAUAUGUACGUGGGAUCUCAACCAGGAACGUCGGUUCUUCAUCAUCACCAGAGUAGCGUAGGAUCCAGCUCUAUUUACAGCAGCGAAGCUGCAGUUGUGGGCAGAAGCGAACAAUCACAGCAAGAGGACCGCCGUUGUCGUGAAGACACGCACAUUCACAAGAAGAGACGCCUGGAGCGUGGCGCGUAUCCUUGCUCUUGUGACGACUGUUCCACGAAUGGACACCGCUUGAAUGUUCUCGCAGACAGUAAUCACCGAGUUUCCGAGCGGGAUUCACACCAUGCGUACUCUUCGCAUCACGAACGACGACCUACUCGACCGAGGAAACGAACGAAUGGAGCAAAUCCCGUCCGUGUGUAUGGAGACACGAGACUGCUCCACUCUCUUUCUGGGAUCUGGCUGAAUCGGCUAGAAUCGCGUUCGCCGCGAUUUCGUGCUUGUCGUUCGUGCCGUUCUGGCGCGGCUUUGUUGGACGAAAAGUCGUGA